GAAUGCAAACGGAACGGAAUCGGAAAAACCGGAAAAUGCGGCCCGGCUGAAGACAGUGAGUGCGAGCGAGCGAGCGAGAUAAAAAUAUUCGACCGAGCAACAGUGAAAAGCGUUUGAAGGGCCAUAGAUACAAGAUAAUGCCCCAUAGAGGAGUCCACCUCCUCUCCGCCAACCGAUAUGCGAAAAUCGGCCAGUGGAGCCGAAAGUGAAAGUGUGUGAAAGUUCAAAAGUUGGCAGCGAAACAAGGCGGAGCAAGGAAAACCAAACAAACGAAAAGAAAAUGUGAAAAAUCUUUAGAUGUUGUUCUUUAAUGCAUACGAAAUACUCAAAUAAAUUAUCAUCAGCCUAAUCAACAUCAGCGUUAUUAUCAGCAGGCGGAGCCAGCAAAAGUCGGAGGGAAACUUUUCGUCCUGUAAGCGCAAGUGGAUCGAAGCACCCAGAUGAGCGGUGGGCCAGGAGCCGGAUCUGGUGGCGGAGUGGGCGGUGGUGCCACCCACAUCUUUCGCUCGCUGUCGUCGGAGAGCCAGAAGCGGGAGUGGUCCAAGCGGCUCUCCCUCCGGGGAAUGCGGCAUGGAGGAGCAGCCGGAGGUCCUGGCGGAUCCGGUACUUCCAGCCUGGCCAGCAGCAAGGAGGAGAGCAAACACAGAAAGUUCUUCAGCCGCUCGGCCUCGCUGCGUCAGGCGGGGAGCGGAGGAGGAGGAGGAGGAGGAGGAGUAGGAGGAAGUGGCAGCCACCAGGCGUCCAUGGAGCUGCAUGUGCCUGGCCAGGAUGGCAGGGGCACCUCCUCCGGAGCGGGCUCGCCGCAGACGCAGACCCAGCCGUCGACGCCCAAGAAGUCCAACUGGGAGGUGAUCGAACAUUUCAAUACGAGUGCCAAGGGAGGCAAGGCCGUGGUUAGCAGCAGUUUGAUUGCGGCUGGAAUCACGCGCUGCAACAUAGACGAAUCCAUGGACUCCACCAACUCCAGCUCCACCUGCCACAGCCCCAUGAUCUACCAACGUGACGAGACGCAGCUGCUGCAGCCAGGCGAUGCCAGCAACCUGGAGGCCAACAAUCCGAUGUCGAGCGGCGGAGGAGGCGGAACUGCCAAUGGUCCUGUGAGCCCCAGCAUUUCGUUCUGGUUCCGUUUGAACCGCAUCAUCCUGCGCCUCUGCUCCACCCACCAGUUCAAGAAUCUCCAGGUGGAAAUGCUGUAUCAGCGGUAUUUUCUGCGUAUGAAUCAGAGCAACACGACGCACAUUUUGGCCCUGCUUUUGGCCCUCAUUUUGGCCCUGUCCUGCACGCUCUUGGUCUUCACCACGCUGCAGCUGCGGCGCAGCACGUCGCUGCUGCUGGAAAUCAGCGAAAUCGGACUGGACGCAAAUGCGACCGUGGGCAACUUGACGACCGCCACAAUGAUGCCUCCACCGCCGGCAUCAUCGGAUCAAAUGGCCCGGGGCAGCUCCAUCCCGCUCCUGGUACUCGCUUCCAAUGGCAGCUGGGCGGGCAACGGGGCGGGUGGCGGUGAACUAAAAUCCGCCCAUAACCGCAACCUCGCCGAUUUUGAAGCGGACCAUAAUGGGCAGUUGGGCGGAGGGGGCGUGGUAUGGCGUCGUCAGAAGCGCAAACAUUAUCGACGCCUCCACAAACACCGAUACAAACACAAGUCACAUCAACAGCAUCGCACCAGAUACAGGAUGCGGGAGAAGCGGAGCCUGCAGGUCGUGGGGCUGGUCAAGGGUGGAGGGAUCCAGCCCCAGUUGGUUGUUGACACUGCCCCCCAUGAUGAUGAUGAUGAUGCCGAUGUGUACACAGUUGCUCCUGAUGAUGAUAAUGACGUUGAUGGCGGGCGGAGUGCUGGCAGCAAGCACAUUACGUAUACGCCGCGUGUCCGCGACUACAAUCAAAUUUCACAAGCGGAACGUGAUGAAGUGUUAAAUACAUCGACAAACGAUGGAGCUGCAACCGAUAAUUCGGACCCACCCCUGGGCUACGGCCACCUCAUCCCCCUGAUCCUGAUGCAGGUGGACGAGUCCGUGCUGGUCUUCCUCAUUGUCAUGCUAAUCUGCGGGAUUGUCUAUGCCUUCCUGCUGUGCAUCCUCUCCAAGCCGGCCAUGAACGAGAUCUUCCUGGUGCUCGUGUCCUACGUCAUUCUGGGCACCUUCCUGGCCAUCGAAGUGGCCGUCAGCUAUGCCAUGCAACCCAGCAAAUCCUUCAACGGCAGCGCCUGCUGCAUCGUGCUCAUCUACAUGACCUACACGAUGCUGCCCCUCCGCCUCCGGGAGGCUCUGAUCGGCGGAAUCCUCCUGAGCGUCGUCCAUCUGUACACCUGCCUGAGGCUCACCACGAUGCAGGAUGAGGCGGCGGAGAUGAUCCACUGGGAGGAGCUCCUCUGCACUUUGGUGGCCCUACUCCUGGCCAAUCUCACUGGCGUCUACACCCACUGGCCGAAGGAGAAGGCCCAGCGAAAGGCGUUCAUCGAGACGAGGCAGUGCAUCGAGGCCAGGCUGAGGACUCAGCGCGAAAACCAACAGCAGGAACGCUUGUUGCUGUCGGUGCUGCCGCGUCAUGUGGCCAUGGAGAUGAAGGACGACAUUGCGGGCCAGCCACGUGACACCCAGUUCCAUAAGAUAUAUAUCCAGCGGCACGAGAACGUCAGCAUCCUUUUUGCGGACAUCUGCGGUUUCACCAGCCUCUCGGAUCAGUGCACCGCCGAGGAAUUGGUGCGUCUGCUGAACGAGCUCUUUGCCCGCUUUGAUCGAUUGGCUGCGGAGCAUCAUUGUCUGCGCAUUAAGCUGCUGGGCGAUUGCUACUACUGCGUCUCCGGACUCCCGGAACCUCGUCCGGAUCACGCCCAUUGUGCCGUCGAAAUGGGACUCGAUAUGAUUGACGCCAUCGCACUGGUUCGCGAGGUGAUGGCCGUGAAUGUGAACAUGCGAGUGGGCAUCCAUACGGGCCGGGUGCACUGCGGCGUUUUGGGCCUGGUCAAGUGGCAGUUCGACGUUUGGUCCAACGACGUCACGCUGGCCAAUCACAUGGAGAGUGGCGGAAUUCCCGGGCGCGUUCACAUAACCAAGGAGACCCUGAAGUGUCUGGAUGGCGAUUAUGAAGUGGAGGUCGGCAAAGGCAACGAGCGCAACUCGUAUCUCAAGGAUCAUCAGAUAGAAACGUAUCUAAUUGUGCCAGGCGAUAUAUAUAGGCCACACAAAAAGUCCAGAAAUCGAUUGCAAGUCAAUGGCAAUAUCUCCAAAGAGCUGCGUAUGAUGGGCCAUGGUACGGCCCAAAAGCACACAUCAAAAUUUGGCUUCGGCGACAGUUCGGAGAGUGCCAAGGAUCCCGAGGACGAGGUGAAUGAGUAUCUGAUGCGUGCCAUCGAUGCCCGAAGCAUCGAUCAUUUGAGGGCCGAGCACUGCCAGUCCUUGCUGCUCUGCUUCAAGGAUAAUGUUCUGGAGAGGAAGUACGCCAGCGAACCAGAUCGCAUGUUGUGUGUUUACUUCUACUGCAGUCUGUUGGUUUUGCUCGGCACCAGCAUAAUGCGGCUGGUGGUCUUCCAGAGCUCCCUGCUGACACUGGCCUUGUCCACUGGCGCUCUGGUGCUGCUCGGCUUCCUGGUAUUUCUGGUGGCAAGUCACAAAAUCAACUUUCAGCUGCCAUCGGACAUCAAACGCUUCUCAUUGCGCAUUCAUAGCAAUCGCAGGAUAUCCCAGUUGUUCGCCUUUGCCAGCGUCGCCCUGAUUGUCCUUACCACCCUGCUGGCCAUGUUUCAGGAAUCGGGCCGCCAAAUGGAGCUGCUCCAGAGGAGGCGCUUCUGGAUGGAUGUGAACGGGAGCAUCAGCCUGAAUGACACGAAGAUGUAUGCCGCCGAGGAACCCGAUUGUGAUUUCUAUCUGGCCUACAAUACCUUCCUGCUGCUCACGCUGCUCUCGAUGAUGAGCUGUGCCACCUACCAGGUCCUGCGGAUCCUGCUCAAGCUGCUGCUGCUCCUCCUGGCCUCCGGCAGCUACAUGGCCUGCUCCUCCUACUUGUACUCGCGCAGCAGGGAAAUGAGCCAAGAGCUGGCGAACGAGGAGGCCCUGCUGCGCUACAUAAUUGAUUCCAUCUUCCUUUUUGCAUUUAUGCUGGCCCUGAUUUUCCACAGCCACCAGACGGAGGCCACUUACCGACUGGACUUCAUCUGGAAGCUGCAAGCCACGGAGGAAAAGGAGGAUAUGGAGCACCUGCAGGCUUAUAACCGUAAACUGCUCGAAAACAUUCUGCCCGUUCACGUUGCCGAGCAUUUUCUGAGCCGCGAAAAGCACCUUGACGACCUGUACCACGAGCAGUGCGACUCGGUGUGCAUACUGUUCGCCAGCAUACCCAACUUCUCCGAGUUCUACGUGGAACUGGAGGGCAACAACGAGGGCGUGGAGUGCCUGCGGCUGCUCAACGAGAUUAUCGCCGACUUCGACGAGCUGCUCAGCGAGGAGCGCUUCCGCUGCAUCGAGAAAAUCAAGAGCACGGGCGCCACUUACAUGGCGGCAUCCGGACUCACGGCGAACACCUGCGACCGGGUGAACUUCAGCCACGUGACCGCCAUGGCCGACUACGCCCUCCAGCUGUUCGACAAGAUCGAGGAGGUCAACAUGCACUCCUUCAACAACUUUCGCAUGCGAAUAGGCAUAAAUAUUGGUCCUGUGGUGGCUGGCGUUAUUGGAGCCUGCAAGCCCCAAUAUGACAUCUGGGGUAACGCCGUCAAUGUGGCUUCGCGAAUGGACUCCACAGGCUUGGUGGAUCACAUCCAGGUGACACAGGAGAUGCAGCAGAUACUCGAGGGGCGAGGCUUCGAGCUCACCUGUCGCGGCAGCGUGGAUGUCAAGGGCAAGGGCUCCAUGAUCACCUACUUCCUCAAGAGCAGGAGGCCAAUAGAUGCCAAAGAGUUGGAGUUGGCCAAGACCGAGUUGGAGCCUCCAAAGACUUUAACAUUGGCCAAGGAGCCGGAGAAGUUGGACAGCGGAACAGCCACGGAGAAACAGGCGGAGCAGGUGAAGGAGCAGGGUUCCACGGAACAGGAGGACGACUUGCUGCCCUCGCCCGACAUUGAUAUGAACUCCAAUAUGCAGAACUUGACGGCGCAGCGGAGGAAGUCGCUCUGCCGGCAACAUAACAUAUCCUCCUCCUUCGGCACAACGGUGAGUAGCUCCACGGGUAUAACGCCCAGCAUUUCGAACAGCUCCAGUGUGGUCACCAUUGGCGCUCUGCCCGCCAUUCUGCGAGGUGGUAAUCCACUAUCGAAUGCGAAUCCCACCGCCACCGACAGUUGUUCGGAGUGCGGUGGGGCAAGUAAGUCCUUGGCCACGCCCACUGCUCCGCCGAGGACACUGGUGGCGGAUCUAAAGGAUGAGAUAGCCCGGGACGAGAAGAUCGGACUGAAGGACUCCAUUGAGAACUUGGAGAUUCUGCUGAAGAACAACAUCAGUCUUUCCGAUCUGAGCAACAAGCAGCAACAGAAUCUGCGCGGUGAAACGAGCAGCUCAACCACCACCACAUUGAGAAAACGAGACACAAUUGUGAGUUUCAAUGUGACGGAGACGGUGACCACCACAGCAGCGCCCUUCACAUCCUCGUCGGGAUCAUCGAACUCCUCCUCGCAGCAGAAGAAGCGCCGCUCGGUGACCACCAUUGCGGCUAGUUUCACCACCUCGACCACCACGCGACUGCUGUCCAACGAGAGCCAGAGCUCCACGCAGACGGCACCCGGAACUCUGGAGAGCGGUGGCUCCGUGCCCGGCCAAUCCUCCACGGAGAACUCAUCGCAGGACUGGCAGCCACGCACAGCCUCACUGGAACCCAACCGCAGUCCCAUCAAGACCUCGCAAUCGAUGAGCCCCAUUGGCCAGCUGACCACCGAGGUGUUUGUCCUGCCCAACAGCCGGAGCAUGGUGCUCAUCAGCAGCACGAACGGAUCGGUUUCCGCACUGGGCACGGGUGGCGGAGGAGCGAGUAGUCCGAGGACCGGACUCCUGCAGGAUGUCAGCACGUAGGCGACGAAGGGAUGCACAGGCAGCCGUGUAAAUAUGUACAAAACCGAAGGCACUUCGCUGAGCCUUAGAGGUAGGACUAUCGGUAAGGAUAAGGUGAAGUUAACGGUGGGGCAAGGAUAUAUUGAUUGAUUUGGCUUGGAGUCGAACUUCUUUAGCAGGACACUUCCGUGUUAUCACAGCUACAGAAAUAUCAAAACGAUAAUAAGGAAACCAUAUAUGUAAAAGCUGUCUAAUGAUUAUUUGAGCGAAUUGAAUUAAAUGCAACAUAAAAAUAUUUUAACAAUAUUUAACAAGAAUUUUCUUUCAAAUUACCAAGUAUUAUUACAGUCCAUUUAUAAAGCUUCCAAUAAAAAUUCCGUACAAAAAAAAGAUAAAUAAACCUUUCUUUAAAAUAUAAAAAAAUAAUAGUUAAGUAAACAGUUAAUCUAAAAAUAAUUACAAAAUGUUAAUACCUAAAUGUCAUAUCAGCACAUUGAGAAGUCCAAAGUAUUUUUUGAAAUAUUAAAUACCCAUUGAUGUGCAAUAGCGCUUUUGUGGUUCUCGCUAGGGAAGUUCGACUGUACUUACAGCUUCUCCCCCACAACCCCCCGUAUGAUCUCGCAUUUAUUGUAGCUUUACAUGUUCCUCAGUUAGCGUUUCAGGGCACCAACAAACGUGAAUUCCAUAUCACACAUAAAACCAAUGUACGAAAGCAUAAUGUUGCACUUCAACUGGGUACCAAAAAGCAUUGUUAGAACUGCUAGGCAUUCGAUAGGUUGUAAGUUUGGGGCAGAGUCCUUGCAAAGGAGUGUAGGUGUGUAAGGUUCCUAUGUGUGUUUGCAGUAGCGUGUAAGUUCAAAGGGCAUACGCGGGCAAAAGAAAUCGAAUUUAAUGUUCAUUGUCAAUCGAAUAAUUAGUUAUUACUUGAUGUUGGGGAAUACAAUUGUGAACGAUAGAUGGCGCUAGUCUUCGUAUAUGAACAAAUAAAAAUAUAAUAUAUAAUCUAUGAUCACUUCAAGAUAUUUUCAUCAAUGAAAACCUAUAACAUGCAGUUAUGAAAAGGAAAUAUUCAAUGUUAUAUGACUCGAUUGCAUUCCCCAGCAAAAUAUUUUUACACCAAACUAAGGGACAGCUUACAUUACAUACCAUAUCGAUAAGAAAUAUGACAUCGGUUUUUGACGCUGUUCUUAGCUGAUGUUUUCUCUUAACAACUAAAACCAAAAAUCUGUCAAUUGAAGAGCAACAUGGAAACUUUUUGAAUUGUUGCACAAACGAUAUUUACUAGAGUAUAAGUUGAGGUGGAGAGAGUAUCUAAUACGUUAUGUCUUGAAAUAGUAUUGUUUAAAUGUAAUGUUAAAUGUGUUUCGAUGUCUGUAUGUCUCAAUGUUGCUGAAAGCAUCAACACUAAGUAUAAAUACAUAUAUUAAAAUAAUGCAAACAUACACAAUGCGUAAACCAAACGAAAACCAAAGAAAAACAAACAAAAUUCUCGCUGUGAUUUCUAUGAAGAAAAUGAAAAGAUGCAUAAAUUAUUUUAUAACCUUUUGUUACUUAGUUUUAACUUGCUAAUUUUACGAAUGCCUCUCGGCCACUUUGACUACGCCUAGCUACGAACUAUAAUUUAACUGAGUAUAAAGUAUCCUAUAUGUUUUAUAUAAUCAUAAGUGUAUGCGUGUAUUGAACUCGUUGUUGAUUAGCUUUGAUGUUCAGUUUCAUGUUGGUAAGGACAAAACUAAGCCCAGUCUAA